AUGGACAAGCCCAGCCAGCAGGUUGCCAUACCAGAGAACACAGUUUCAACUAAGGAGCUACGAAUUCGUGAUGAGUUGGAGGCAGAGAUAGAGGAGGACUUGGAACAUGAAAUCAUCAAUAGCAUGUGCUGCCUCGCACGCCACCUUCAGAGGCUGUAUCAGCAGAGGAAUAUAAGAGAAUUUACUAGUUCGGUCACUGAUUACCAGUUUUCACCGCCCCAAGCAGAAAAUGCACUUCUUCUGGAGAUGAAUAUCAGGAUAAAAUUGGAUGGCCAAUGCCAGAUUGACAUAACCAAGGUUAAAAAAGAUGCUGCUACCAUUCAACCAAAUUCAUGUCCCAGUACUGAUCAAUCUGACAAAAGGUCCUUGAAGAAAAGGCACAGUGAUGAUGCAGUUCAUUGCAGGAAGCAUCACAACCAUCCAGUUGUGCCAUGGAGAUAA